CUUUGUCUUGGCCUCUUUCAUUAAGGUCUAGUCUGAGGAGCAGCAGAGGAUGAAGAUAAUCUUCUCUCACAGAGGCUCUCAGUGGUUCCCUCUGCUGUCUGAGGGGCUCCUUCAUCUCCUUCUAGGCCUCUGCCUUUAUGAUGUGGAGGCUUCAGCAGGAAAACAAGUCAUUGAUAGAAAAGUUGGAGACUCAGUGGAGCUUUCAUCAAAUUUACCAACUGAAGGAGUCAGCAGGGCAUCAUGGAGAUAUGGAAACUCAGUACUUGCAGUUCAAGGUUCAGGUGUUACUGCAAACAAUCCAUUUCAGGGCAGAGUGGAGUUCAAUGAUGUGAGCUUUAGUUUAACAGUGAGAGAACUGACCCUUCAAGAUUCUGAAGAUUUCAGUUUCCUCUCAGAGGCCAAUGGCCAACAAAGACCUACAGUCAUCAUCACUCUGCAGGUUCAUGAGCCAAUAUCUACGAAGCCCAAACUGGUUUAUAACAUCAGUGAGCCUGACUUAAAUGGAUCCUGCACAGUUUAUCUGGAAUGCAGAGCAGCUCCUCACAGAAACACCAACUACAUCCUGACUGUAGGAAACCAAACACAUGAAGGCCCCAAGCUGCAUUACCACAUCACACCACAAGAUGGAGACACAACAGUCACCUGCAAUGCCUCUAAUGCUGUCAGUGAGAUGUCAGCAUCAGAAACAUUGAGGUGUAGAAACACUGACAGCCUCUCUAACAAAGAUGUGGAGGCUUCAGGAGGAAAACAAGUCAUUGAUAGAAAAGUUGGAGACUCAGUGGAGCUUUCAUCAAAUUUACCAACUGAAGGAGUCAAAUGGGCAAGAUGGAGAUAUGGAAACUCA